AUGAGUCCGCGCACGGCCGACGUGUUGGCAAAGACACGGUGCGCUCUUUUCGAAAUACAAGAGCCUACGUAUUCGGAUAUGUACUCAUUUGCAGACGACGCUUUUGGUGUAGACAACGAGCAGCGUCAGCUCCGCGUGGCUGGCGUUGUGCGGCAGUGUCGGAUCGAAGUGGUCCAAUACGGCUUCGUCAGUGACCUCGGGUGCUGCCGCAUCGGAAUUGGCCACCGCGGCUUUCGCCAUGGACUCGCGCAGGAGGUUUAUCUUCGCCUCGAACUCAUUGCGUUCUUCCUCAGUCAUGACCCGGUGUGGGAGCACAUCCGUCAGGAUGCUGGCAAUCUUGUUGAGGUUGUGGUAGCCAUAACCCGUCUUCCCACGCCUCGCAAACGUCAGACGAAUUGCCGCUUUGAGGUCGGCAACGGAACGCAUCAGCACGGUCUGCUCAUCCAUCGCCGAGUAGAGCUCGUACCACAGCGCCACGUUGGCACUGUCGGUGUAGCCCAAGCACUGCGGGGAGGAACACGUCUCGUCGGUCUUUUCCACAUCGUAUUUCGUGAGCAGGACCGCAAGCUGCUGCAAAUGAGCCCUCUGGCGGUUGAUCCAGGUCUGGUAAUCCUUGGUCUCCGGGGAUUCCGGGUCAGCCACACCCUUCAGCGCCUCACUAAUCGGGCCCGUAAAAUUGUAGUGCCCUCUGGCGCCAUAAGCCGCGCUCAGCUUCCUAAUGAGCAUCACCGCUUUGACGUCGUUCAACCAAUACGGGGGCAGCGCUUUGAGCAUCUUCAGUUGCAUGUGGAGCUCUGA